AUGACAUCUAACGAACAUAUCUGUACUGUGUUCGUACAGACGCUGACUGGUCUGGAAGACCUGAGAAUCAACUUUACACUUGAUACGACAGUUGACUGUGUGCGUGAUGAUAUCUUGAGCAAGCUGCCAGAAUCCGUGGCGAAGAGUGUGGUGAUAACUACCCGUGGAGGACUAAACAUCAGGGAUUACACUACGGUGAGACAGCUGUGCAGAGGAAUUACACAUGCACCUUAUUUUGUGAAUGUUAUGCUUCGAGUGCCUCUGUGUGGAGGGAAGGGAGGAUUUGGCCACAUGUUGAAACAGGGCCAUGGAAUCAGUAAGAAGAGAAAGAAGAAAAAGAGCAAGAAUGGGGAUGAAAAGGCAUUAUAUAACACAUUGGACGGGCGUAAGGUAAGGACAGUGAAGAGAAUCCACCAGUUGGAGAAGCAACUUGAGAUGAUGGAUGAGGUGGAGAGGAGGAAGCUGAUGGACAAGAAGGAGAGCCUACAGAAGAUACUCGACACAGACCUCACCAAGAACGUCAAGUUUGACGAUACGGAGUUCUUAGACGAUCUGGAUAAGCAAUUGGAUGACAUUAGUGGCGCGAUAGACCUUACUGACAGUGGCUCUGAAGAUGAUGUUAGCACCGAUGAUGGAAGCUCUAGCGAUAGCGAAGAUGAGAAGAAGCACCAGCAGACUGAAACAAAUAAAACGAAAAAACUCAACAGCUUCUUUAGAGAUUGAAUACUGGUAUGACAACUACUUCAACAACUGAAUACAACGACUGUAUAACAACUUGUUUGUAUAUAUUUAUUCCAACAUUGAGAGCCCUCAGAGGGUCUCAUCGCUCGU